AGGUUAAAAAUGCGGGGGCAAAGAACCCCGAAAUGUUUUAAUUUUCUUGGAUUUGUUGAUUCGUCAUUUUUUAAACCCAGAAAUUAGAAGAUCAAGAUGAGAACCCAAGAACAAUCUCAGAUUAAGUUCCUCUGGACACUAGCAAUGAUUCAGAUCAUUAUUGUUGGGAUCUUCUUCCUUCUCGGCAGAUACGAUGAUUCCUCUAAUCCUAAGAAUGUCAACAGCAAGCAUGGUAUUGAGCGUCUGAAAUACAACCUGAACGCCUACCCUCUCGGCGUUGAUAUCUUUAUGAUGCUUUUCGGAGGAUUCGGAUACCUCAUGACGUUCUUGAAGAAAUACGGAUUGGGGGCGGUGGGAUUGACCAUGAUUAUAACAGCUGUGGUUACAGAGUUUACUGUCAUUGUGAUUGGCUUGACUCAUAUUAACAGUGAUUUUGUGAUCGAGGUAGAGUUUAUUACUUUGGUGGAAGCUGGGGUUACAGCUACUUCUGUUCUAAUCACAUUUGGGGCUCUCAUUGGAAAGGUUAAUCCACUUCAAAUGCUUGUUAUUGGCAUCAUUGAGUGUAUCAUCAUAACCCUGAAUAUGUAUCUCGGAUACAAGAUUCUCGGAGCAAAUGAUGUCGGAGGCGCCAUUUUAAUUCAUACUUUUGGCGCGUAUUUUGGACUUGCGGUCAGUCUUGCUCUUCGAAAUCAGAAAGUAGAGCUGAGUUUUAAUCUUGAAGAACCACGAUAUACGAGUGAUAUAACCUCACUUCUAGGCACUGUAUUUCUCUGGGUGUUUUGGCCGAGCUUUAACGGAAUUUUAGCAGUUGAAGAUGCUCGUUUGAGAUGCUACAUCAAUACAUAUCUCAGUCUUUGUAGCUCAACAGUUGCAACAUUUGUUAUCAGUGGACUACUCGGGAACAAGAAAUUCUGCCCGGAAGAUGUUCAGAACGCUACAUUGGCUGGAGGAGUAAUGGUUGGAGCUACUGCAGAUAUGGUUCUCCAACCCUACGGAGCUUGUUUAGCUGGAACUCUUGCAGGAAUCGUCUCCACCAUUGGUUUUAAGUACAUCACUCCAGUAAUCCAUAGGCAUUUGAGAAUACAUGAUACUUGUGGUGUUCAUAACCUCCAUGGCUUACCUGGAAUCAUGUCUGGGUUAUCAUCAGUACUUGUUGUUCUACUUGCAAGCGAGGAUAGUUACGGUGCAAACCUUUAUAAAAUGUUUCCUCUCUGCGCCCCCCUGGAGGGAACACAUGCCUUGAAGGUCCUCCAACAGCAGCUUCCAGAGUUAGAGGGUGGAGAAGGAAGAUCAGUUGGAUUUCAGGCUUUAGUCCAACUUCUCACUCUGGGAGCAACCUUACUCAUCGCUAUUGUCAGUGGACUAGUUGUCGGUAUUUUUAUCUCAAUACAGAAGCUGUUUGACACCAUCCCGGACGAAGAACUAUUUGACGAUGACCUGUUCUGGAAUAUGCCUGAUCACGACGAUGUAGGAUAUCCGGAACGCAAUGCCGGCUACCGCCGGAAGUCCAGAUCUAGGUCAAUGUUUAACCCCGGCCUUGCACCGGAAAUGGAACUAAACCGGAAGAUGAGUAUUGUGAGUAUCGGCCAUCUUAAUCCUUCCUUCACGAUAAAUUAACUAAAAGGGACUGUAGACUAAAUUUCAAACGGCUCGUCAUUAACAGAUUCACAACUGAACCCUCUAAAAAAUAGUUUUUUAUCUGAAAAAGUUAAAAGUUUUACCUGUUUUCUUCAAUGUUUCGGUUGAUUUAAGAAUCUCAAAUUAGCUUGAUCAAUUUUCAGAUAAAAACCUAGGAUAUCUCCAUCGGUUUAAUUUGCUGAGACAAACCGUUAUACUAGCAUCUAAUGGGCAUAUAACCGAGUAACUCUAAAUACGGCGGGUCACUUGAAAUUUCAUAAACGUUAAACAAUCUCUUUUAAAAACGAUUUUUUUUAAAUUUGCGUUUUGAAUAAAAGUGCUGGAGAUAUUUGAA